CCUGGAUCUCCUGUCGUGACUCUUGCGUGCUGAUUCUCUUUGUGUUGUCCUUCGCAGCCCCGUGAAAGCGUGAUACUGGCAUUGUUAGACGUGAUCGGACCUCACACACCAGCACCAUGCCUCCUCAGCAAGGAGAGGUGUCCUUGACGACGCUCUUUGCAGACGUCCACUACUACUUCUCCCCGCCUACAUACCAACCCCCGCACCACCGCUUUGACAAGAGCUCCUAUGUCUACCUGUAUCACAACCCCAUGCGCCAGAGCGGGCGCAUAGAGAUUGCGAACAAUGCUGGGACUCCGUCUCAAGAUGCGGUCGCUGGUCAGUUGGAAUCGGUCAAGGUCGAGCAGAGCUACAAGCACCCAUGCUUGUUCACCCUAACACUGGACGUGUUCGGUGGCCAGCAUGGAAGCCCAGCUUCUUCACCUCAGCAAGACAUGUCCCAAUGGCACCUUCCAGUGCCAGACCCGAACAACCAGGGCAAGUACAUGUACAGGCUGCACACCGUCGACAUGUACCUGUGGACACAGAACGAUGCAAGCAUGUUCCUGGAUUCGCUACGAAGGGUUGUGCAGCCACAUCAGCUUCAGAUCAUUGCGGAUCCAAACGCUAUAUCGCCGACGUCACUACCUCACGAACACAAGCACGACACGAUGAGUCCAGUCAUUGCCAACCUCGAAAGAGCCGCGAUAUCGCACCAGAGCCGCACUCCCAGCAUCAGCUCCACACAAGCGUUUCCUGGCCCUCCGCAGGCAGCUUUCCCUGGGCCUCCUCCAGCCGCUCCUACCUCCACUGCAACCCCCUCGGUAGGAAACCAAGGCUACACGCCUAUGGCUGCCUACAAUCCUGCUGCACCAGCUGCACCGGAGCCCAUCGCCCAUCGCGAGAAGACCCCGCCGCCUCUAGAUGCGGCAGAAGGGACUGGUCUGACUGGAGCAGCCAUACAUGACUCGCAACCUCAGCAGUACAGCAAUCCCUUGCAGACCUCGUUCGCCCCUCAACAGACCUCUGGAUCAUACAUGCCUGGUCCUCCAGCACCUGGUCAAGGCUUCAGUGGUCCACCAAGCGUGCAACGAACCAACACAGCGGGUUCAAUGCCUCCGCCGCCCCAAAGCCCACCGUCGUUCGCAGGUCCACCUCAGAGCCCCCCUUCGUUUGCAGGCCCGCCUCAGUCUGCGCCUCCUGCAGAACCCUAUGGUCAGAGUGCUCCACAGCAUCCAGGCGUGCAGCGGCAGUCGUCUGUCCCGGUUCAACAGUACGCCGGCUACACUGCUGGGCCUCAGUCUCCUGGUCUGCCCUCACCUGCUCCAACCCAGCCACAGCAUUACCUAGGUUAUGCGCAGCACCAGUACGGCAGCACUGCACAGCAGACGCCUGGGACAGACCCAGCCGAUAUGCACAAGCAGUUCUACCGUCCAACUGAACAGGAGGCUGUUGUUGACGACAACAGCACGGCAGCGACACCUAACUCGAACAUGGGCAAGAGAGUCGUAAAGGUCGAGAAGGGCGUUGGCCGGUUUCUGAAAAAGCUGGACAGUAAGUGGUAAGCAUCAGAGCGUGUGUAAUGCGAUUUAGCCAGCGAGCGAUGUUUAGAGCAUAUACCCACUCGUUUAAGCAAUUCAGACAGCAGAGACAGCAAAGACGGCAGAGACAGCAAAGACGGCAGAGACAGCAAAGACGGCAGAGACAGCAAAGACAGCAGAGACAGCAAAGACAGCAGAGACAGCAGAGACAGCA